GAGUGGGUCGAGGAGAAUACAAGUACAGACUAAAAAGCGGAUUGCUCCGUACCGUGGUAGACAAGAGCAUAUACAGCUGCCCCCUUCUUCUUUCUCUCUUCUACGACUAGUCUGCGAAACGCUGUAUGAGGUCCCCUUCUGCAUUGAUAUUUCGCUCAUCCAUCAUCUCUGCACGGAGUGUGUUUUUGAGAGGAAACUUGCCGCCACCGCCUCUCGGACGAUUAGCUAAACUCCGGAUUUUUGCAUCUGCAAAAGGCCAGGCAGUACGAUAUUCGAGUUGUACUAAAAUAUCAACACCUCCUCCGCAAAGUCUUUUCCCACAGCAGCCGAGCAUGGCAGAACAAGUCCCUUCAACCUCGCCUUCCGAACCCCAAGGCCCUUCAGCCGCCUCAGCCUCCGCCCCAUCAACGGCAUCAAACACUGACCAACAAGCCCAACCCUCAGACCCCCCUCUCCCCAAACUCUCGCCCUCGGACUUCCGCACCUACAACCGCAUGGCAGACCACAUGCAACACUUCCACUCGCACUUCCUCUCGACCUACACGACGCUCCUCUCGGCAUGCCAGGUGGGGAAGCGACCGCAAGGGAUGUCAUUGCGGCAAUUCCUCUCGCUGGCCUCGACUUUCGUCUCCCAACUGACCAUGCACCACAACAUUGAGGAGCAGCACAUUUUCCCGCUAUUAGCUACGCGGAUGCCGGCCUUCAAGAAGGAAUUGAGUCUGGUGGGGCAGCAUAGGCAGAUCCAUGAGGGGUUGGACAAGCUCGAGGCGUAUCUGGACGAGUGCAGGAGUGGGGAGAGGGAGCUGAGGCUGGGCGAGGUCGGGGCGUUGUUGGAGGGGUUCGGGGACGUGUUGAUGAGGCAUUUGGAGGAGGAGGUGGAGCAGUUGGGGGCGGAGAGGAUGAGGCGGUAUUGGAGUUUGGAGGAGAUGAGGAGGUUGCCGAUGUAGGUGGAGAGAGGGACAUGGAAGUGUGUGUGGCGUUGAAUAGGAUAUAGAUACCCCAAUGUGCGUCUCUCAGGUAUUUAAUCUCAGAGGCUUUAG